AGUAAAGUCAAAGUAUUUACAGAUGAGAUUUCAUCCACUUUUCAAAUUCAAGGUUCAACACACGUCUGUGCUGACAAUGGGGAAGAUAUAGGUACUUCACAACCGUUCACAUCAUAUUCUGGGCCUUUUGAAAGUGAAAGACCACACAGUCCUUUUACAUGGGAUGACGAAGAUGACUCCUCUGACCCAGAAUAUACUCCACUAACUGAAGAGGGCAUACCAUAUGGUGAAGUUUAUGAUGUGCAAGCUGAUUUUUCAGAAGCUGAGGAUAGUGAGAACAUAGAGGAUGGAUUGCUUGGAUCAGAUGAAGAUACUAAUGAUGAAGAGUAUCAAAGGGUUAGAGAACAAGUGAAGGGAUGGAAUGUAAAGAUACUUGAGAUUGGUACCCAAAUUCAAAAACAAGUUGUUGAGGCUGACUCGAAGGGUGUAGAAAAGUAUUGUGUGUGGAUGGGUGUUUUUUAAAAACAUUUCUGGGUGGUAUGUUGCUUUCUGCUAUUGGAAGAUAUGCUAAUGAACAGAUGUAUCUUCUAGCUUGGGCAGUGGUGGAAGGGGAAAACAGUGACAGCUGGGAAUGGUUUUUCGUUCAGUUGAAUACUGCUUUAGGUGAAAUUGAUGAUGCUGAAAUCACCAUUAUCUCUGAUGAACACCGAGUAUUUUAUUAAGCUACGAUUUUACCUUAAAAAUCGUAGGAGGAGCUUGUAGGGGGGACCAAGGAAGGAUGCAAUCCCAUGUAGGGAGCCUGUAGGAGGAGCUGAACUUGCCAAUGUCACUUCACAACCUACUCAAACUGGACGAGGUGGGAGGAUAAUAAUGAGAGGAAGAGGGAGAGGAAACGGUAGAGGGAAAGGAAGAACCGGAAGACAGGUAGUUAAUUUUUUUAAACAACUUUGUAAUUCCAUUUUAUUGUGUCGAAGGUAGUUAUAAUUGUUGUUAUUUGGAUGCAGGUACCUCAGGGAUUUGGUGUGUUCAUUGAUGAUCAUGGGAACUCAUUUGUUAAUGCUCCUGGUCAGGUUGGAGGUCCACAAAUAAUUUCAGGUGCUGCCUGGUUCUCCUACAAGCAAUGCCACUACUUGACUGUUGCCCUGGGAUUUAGUGAAAGGAUGGUGUUUAAUUUAUGUCUUUUGUUUA